AUGCUUGUUUGGAAAAAGAGAGAAGCAUACGUCAAUCUGCUGUGGAUUGCAGAGUCAGAUCUUUCCAUGGAAAUUAGCCGAAUAGAGUAUCUUAUCCAGCUUAUUCAUAGAAGCGUCGAUGUAUAUCGCAUUGAGGAAAUUAGGCAAAAGCCAAGCUCACUCAUCGGCUUGGAAGAAGAAGCACAUGCAUUGGUCUCGAGACUGAUCAAUGAACCCAACUCUGUUGUUUCCAUUGUGGGUAUGCCGGAAAUAGGUAAAACGACUCUUGCAAAAAUUGUUUCUGAGCAUAGCGCCAUCCGAGAGCAUUUCGCUUACCGAGCUUGGGUGUCAAUACCUGAACAGUACAGAGACAAUGCACUCCACGACGAUGUAGCAAACCAAGUCCCAAGGACCAACUGGCUCGAGGAAGUGAAGGUGUCCUUGAAGGAGAAGAAUUGCCUUCUAGUUCUGGACAACAUCUCGACAAAGGAAGCCUGGGAUUCUGUACAAGUAGAAUUCUCAAAGAAGAAAGAUGGGAGCAAGAUUUUGCUCACCACGCGCGACAGGAAAGUGGCUUCAGAUGCUAGCCAAAACCCCACACCCCACCACCUUCGACUACGAACUAAAGAAGAGAGCUGGCAGUUGUUUAUCCACAAGGUGCAAUUUCCACCCGACCUCCCUUCAGAGGUAGAAGCACUGCCAACAGCGAAAAAACUGGUAGAAAUAUGUGGGGGUUUAACAGGAGCAAUUGAAAUUCUUGUUGAUAAAAUUUCAGGGAAAGAUUGCCUGACACGAUGGUCAGAAGAUUUGGUAAUGGACGACCCUCCUCACGGUUUGAACUACUUAAUUUCUUGCUUGAUGCUCUUUCCUGGGGACUUUGAAAUCCCUGCAAGGAGAGUAAUUGCUUUAUGGGCUGCAGAGUCGAUUCCUGCUGAUGGUAAUGAAACUGUUGAAGAUGUUACGGAGAAGAAAUUAUUAGAGCUGAUAGACCUGAAUAUUAUCCGAGUUGUGCAAAAAAAGAUCAAUGGGAAAAUCAAGGCAUGCCAGUUGCCUGGUUUCCUGCGAGAACGUUGUUUGUCCAAGUUUGUGAGUUCAAAUGGCCUACUUGCCGAUCAUUUUCACUCAGAUGAUGCCAGUUUUGCUAAUAUUCAUGGAACUAGCAAAAUAACACCGACAGAUUUGUGCAGCGUUAACAAAAUUUACUCCUUCCUGUCCUUUGAUUUUCGAGAAGGAAACAAACCUGGAGAAGAUAUAGGGAAUUUCCUCCGCAGGACAAUUGCAAGCUUCCGACUUUUACGGGUUCUUGAUCUCGAACUUGUAUUCAGACCGCAACUGCCCAACUCCAUAGGCAACUUGAUUGAGCUGAGGUAUCUUGGCUUAAGGUGGACAUACCUCGAGACGAUCCCAUCAUCCAUUGGCAAAUUGUUGAAGCUUCAAAUUCUAGAUGUGAAGCAUACUUGUCUCCGCACUAUCUCUAGGUCGAUAUGGAAACUGAAAAAACUUCCGCACCUUUAUUUGAACGAGAGUUAUCGAAGUAAAUUUAUGCAUCAACCAAGUGCCAGUUUCUUGAAGAAUCUGCAGACGUUGUGGGGUGCUUUCGUGGAUGAGGAUAGCCCUCUGCACGAUGGGCUUCGAAAGUUGACGAACCUUAGAAAAUUGGGACUGGCUCUCGAGUUGACCCCAUCGCAGCAAGAAAGAUUGGCAGGGGAUGUUGCGAAACUUAAGAACCUCUUGAGGUUGAGAUCGAUUGACAAAACCGGUAAACCUCAGGAUCUGUGCUUGGGGUCUUUGAAAGACCUCGAAAAUCUCUCCAGCCUCUAUUUGUUUGGAAGGCUAACGAAGCCAUACAUCAUAUCUGAAUUCCCUCAAGGUCUCUCUGACCUCACCUUGUCUGGCUCUGGGCUUAAGGAUGAUCCAAUGACAAAUUUAUGUAAGCUCCCCAACUUGAAAUCACUCUGUUUCUACUUAGAUUCUUACGAGGGGCAACGCAUGGUGUGCACCGAGGGGGGCUUUCCCCAGCUUCUAGUCUUGAAAUUCUGGAAGCUUGAGAAACUGCAACGAUGGAAUGUGAUGGAACGAGGAAUGCAGAAUCUCAGGGAGUUGGAGAUCAGGUCGUGCAAGAGAUUGGAGGUUCCCACUGGGUUAAACCACUUAAAGACUCUCCGUGAAUUGACGCUGACAGACGUGCCAGAAAAACUUGCAGAAACAAUCAAGGAAAAAAGAAAUGACAUAUUUCGGUCUGUUGUUGCCUUAUUUCCUGUCAUCACUGUAAAGAAAUUGGCUUCAAGUUGA